CCUAACUGUCGCUAACUUGUCUCGCGGAUGUAUAUAAAAGGAUCGGCUGCUGUAAGCUAGGAGGUGUUCUGACUGCGGUUGACCAGCCGUUGACCUUCCGUCCUCUCACGCGCUUGAAACAUGGCUCUGAGCCGGCUGGAAAGGGCUCAGGUAUGGCUGUUGAAGGCGGUCACGGAGGUCCUCUUCGUCCUUUUUCGCUUCUUCUGCCCUCGGAGAUCUGCUCUGUCAGGGAAGAAGCUCCCGCCCGUCAGAAACCCGCUGCUGCUUAUGUCGGCGACGCAGCUCGCCAAGAAGAUCCGGCGAAAAGAGGUGUCCAGCGUGGAGGUGGUGCAGGCUUACAUUGACAGGAUCCAGGAAGUUAACCCUUUCGUAAAUGCUGUUGUGAAAGACAGGUUUGCUGCUGCCCUUCAGGAGGCGGCUCAGGUCGAUAAGCUGAUUGAGGAGGAGACUGGAGGAGAGGAGGUGCUGGAGGACCGGCUGCCUUUAUUAGGAGUCCCACUUUCCGUGAAAGAGUCUUAUGCCCUCCAGGGCAUGCCUUUCACUACAGGCCUGGUCUCCAGGCGAGGAAUCGUGGCCACGGUCGACGCUCCACCUGUGGCCCUGCUGAAGAGAGCGGGUGCCAUCCCGCUGGGUGUCACCAACACAAGCGAGCUCUGCAUGUGGUAUGAAUCGCACAACCACAUCUACGGCAUCACCAACAACCCGUACGACCUGGAGAGGAUACCGGGAGGAAGCUCAGGGGGAGAGGGCAGCAUACUGGGAGCGGCAGGUUCAGUCAUCGGUGUGGGCUCAGACAUCGGCGGCAGCAUUCGCAUGCCCUGUUUCUUCAAUGGAAUAUUUGGCCAUAAAACUACUCCAGGUGUCGUGUCCUGUGAGAACCAGUACCCUCCUUUCUCUGGCAGGCAGGAGGAGUACCUCAGCUCUGGUCCCAUGUGUCGCUACGCUGAGGACCUGCUGCCUAUGCUCAAGAUCAUGGCCGGACCCAGAGUUAACAUGUUGUCCUUAAACACAAAGGUCGACCUAAAGAAGCUGCGGUUCUUCACCAUCCCUCAUGACGGCGGCUCUCCUCUCAUAACCCCCGUCAGCAAAGAGCUCGUAGACAUUCAGAGGAAGGUAGCCGAGCGCCUGGAGGCAGACCUCGGAGUGAAAGUCCAAGAAGUGCAUUUCCCUGAACUCCACUACAGCUUCCAGAUCUGGGACACCUACAUGGUCCUUCCUGACAAGGAGGGCAAACCUCCUCAGACGUUUGCUGAGUUGAUGGGAGAACCAGGACGACCAGCUUGGCCUCUGUGGGAGCUGCUGAAGUGGAUGAUAGGAAAAUCAGACCACACCCUCGCUGCUAUCGUUGUGGGCCUGGUGGAGAUGACUCGCAUGUCCAAAAAGUCGUCCUCCAUCAUCCAGAUAAAGGAGAAGCUGCAGAAGGAGGUGGACGAGCUGCUGGGUGCUGACGGUGUUUUCCUUUACCCCUCUCACCCCAGAGUGGCCCCCAAACACCACCACCCACUCCUAAGACCCUUCGACUUCUCAUACACCGGUAUAAUUAACAUGCUGGGGCUGCCGGUGACUCAGUGUCCUCUGGGUGUGGGUGAAGAGGGUCUGCCUCUGGGCGUGCAGGUCGUUGCGGGGAAGCUGCAGGACCACCUGACCCUCGCUGUGGCCCUCCACCUGGAGAAGACGUUCGGAGGCUGGAAGGACCCCGGAGCAAACUAAAAGCACACGCUCGCACACUAGCAGUCAUCACCAAGCCUGCAGAGCGGGUCUGGUUUGGCUGAGGUAGCGGUACUGCCUGAUGUAGUACACAGAGAGGGGUAGAGUCGUUGUUUUGGAUGUUGUAGUAGGAAAGAUUUAACUUUUGCACUAAUAAGAAUUCAGUCAUGAUUUUGUCAUCUACUCUUUUCACAGACUGCCAUGAACCUGAGCUUUAACAAACUGAAAAGCUAUCAGCUCUCUAUGAGCAUUCACUGUAUGACAUAGGACAGGGUGUUGGUGUAGACAGGCCUCGCACUUCCCUUGUUUUUCCACCUGCUUCACUCAUGUAUGUGCAGACUCAUUGUUACUGUUUUGACUUUCAAAAGGUCACUUACAUGACAGGUUUGAUUGUUUAUGUCCACAAUCGCAGCCACCCAGGUUGUUGCUGUUGCUCUGACUGAUUGGACCUCUGCAAACACUCAGCGUGAACCUGAGCAGAAGUCUCCUGAAUACAUUAAAGAAUGAUUUGUGCCGCAAUUACAGCGGCAAACAGACAGAGCUGACAAUCAGGUACGGGCUAGACAUGAUCAUGCAUUAAACACUGGAAAUAAAGUGUUAACCAAAGUGCUUUAUAGAGAUGACAUUAGAUGGUCCAAUAAGCCAGAAGGACAGAAUGGCAGGCGCCAGUGGAAUAGAGAUUAAAAAGGAAUACUUAUCUGACAUCGGUAGAGGAAAACAGCCUUAAUUUAAUGAUAAUAUGAAUGUUGCAGAUCAGUGCAGCGACUGAGGCGCAUGCUUUAUGUUGCAACUCAUUUUAAUUAAUAAAAAAGUAUUGUUUCCUA